AUGGAAACAAGACUGUGUGCAGUGGAACAGCGAAGCCAUGAACUUGAGCAAGGCCAGCUUAAAAACUAUACGGAAGUUUCUGGAUUACCGGCCCUAGAAAACGAAGAUCCUGUACUAGUAGUGAGAAAUCUAGCAAAAAAGUUAAACAUAGAAGACCCAGGAGAGAUAAUUGCCAAACGUGUAGGAAACUACGGAGAAAAACCAGGAUAUAUUCUGAUGGAGCUCCAAGAGGAAAAGCGAUGCUGUUGGCUGCAAAAAGCGAGAACUGUGAAACCUGUACUCGGAGAUCUGAUACCCAACGCUGAAGAAAAUGAAAGCGGAAGAAAAAUAUUUGUACGCGAAGCAUUAACGCCACACAAUAAGGCAUUGUUGUGGAAAGCAAGACAGCAGCUAUCAGACACCUUUAAAUAUGUAUGGUUCAAUGAUGGAAAAAUAAGAGCGCGCGAAGAAGAUAAAAACGAGGUCUUCAUCCUGAGGAAGGAAGCGGAUAUUGGGACUCUGCUGUGCUAA